CUGGUCCAUAAAUAGAUCACAAUCAUGAUAUAAAAAGGAAGAGAAAAGAAUAAUUAAUAUUUACAAUUAAGAAAAGAAAAAAAAAGAGAAAAGACCAAACCACCAACAAGGAAAAGACAAGAAGGUUUAAUAGAGAAAAGAUGAAGUAUUUCAACUGUUGUUAAACGAUUGGUGGUUCAGUGAGAUUGUCAAGAUGAACAUCAGCAUAACCGAUAUUUGUGAAAACACUAAAAUGGGAAGAGAAUUUGCUCUUCUUGGUAAUUACGAGACUUCACUGGUCUAUUACCAGGGUGUUGUUCAGCAGAUUCACCGAUUACUUCAGACAAUUAACGAUCCAAUUAGAAAGGAGAGAUGGCAAGAGAUCCAACAAAAGAUUGCAGAUGAAUAUGGUUAUGUUAAGGAUAUUCAAAGCCUUUUGCUUGGAUUUCGAGGUGAUCAUCAUAAUAAUCGUGUUGUUGGUCCAAACCGUCAACCAUCACCAGCCUUUACUCUACCUGACCUUGAUCUAAAUUCUGAUCCUAAUAUUUUCUGGCCUUCAAGUAGCAAUAACAACUCACCAAGAGAUGCUGAUGUUUGGGCUCCACCUCCUGAUCCCAAGCCUAAUUCAAAUGCAAGAAAUUCACGAGCAUCUAAAAGUACCUCAAGCAAAAUAACCUCAUCAUCAGCUCGAACACCGACCAAUAAAACUAUAUCCGCCAAGAAGACAAACGAUGGCAGAAGUACUAGUAAAACAUCAAACAGCUACAACAGUUGUUCCCAAGGAACCGGAGAUAGUGGAGCCAGGAAGAAAGGUUCAUCUACGAGUAAAGAUGAAGCCGAAGGUGAAAAGAAAUUUGAGAUUCAUGGACCAGACGCUGAGCUGGUUGAUAUGUUAGAACGUGACAUACUUCAGAAAAACCCGAAUAUCAAGUGGGAUGAUAUCGCUGAUUUACACGAUGCCAAAAGGUUACUCGAAGAAGCUGUCGUUUUACCCAUGUUACUACCCGAUUUCUUCAAAGGGAUUCGACGCCCAUGGAAAGGUGUCUUAAUGGUUGGCCCACCAGGAACGGGUAAAACAAUGUUGGCGAAAGCAGUGGCCACCGAAUGUGGAACCACUUUCUUUAACGUGUCAUCUUCAACAUUAACUUCAAAGUAUCGAGGUGAAUCAGAAAAACUGGUUCGAAUAUUAUUCGAAAUGGCCCGUUUCUAUGCUCCAAGUACCAUAUUCGUCGAUGAGAUUGAUUCCCUUUGUUCAAGAAGAGGAUCUGAUACCGAACAUGAAGCAUCUCGACGAGUUAAAUCCGAAUUACUCAUCCAAAUGGACGGUAUAACGAACAAUGAAGAUCCAGCAAAAGUAGUUAUGGUUCUUGCGGCGACAAAUUUCCCUUGGGACAUUGAUGAGGCCUUACGUCGACGUUUAGAGAAACGUAUUUACAUUCCGUUACCAAAUAAGAAAGGCCGUGAGGCCUUACUGGCAAUAAAUUUAAGGGACGUUGAAAAAGCUCCCGAUUUAAAUAUAAGUGAUAUAGCUGAACAAUUAGAUGGUUAUUCUGGAGCUGAUAUAACCAACGUUUGUCGUGAUGCCUGUAUGAUGGCGAUGAGACGAAAAAUCGCCGGCCUUACUCCUGAACAGAUUCGUGCUCUAUCAAAAAGUGAACUCGAACUGCCCGUCAGCCCAGAAGAUUUUUUCGAAGCCGUGAGAAAGGUAAACAAAUCAGUCUCCGAGGAAGACCUUUUGAGAUACGAUAAAUGGAUGGCUGAGUUUGGAUCAACAUAAUCAAUGAAUCACGGAAAACACAAUCAAAUUAAAACGAAUCAAAACGCUAAAAUGAUCACCAAUUCUCCCUCCAAUCAACAAUCACAAUCAACUGUAAUUUUUCAUUGUUCACCGUUCAUUUAAUCGCAAUCUCGCCAAUCUUUACAAACGCAAUUAUUUUAGUCAUUCCAAUUACCCCUUUCUUUUAAUUACUCCAAUUGUUGAUUUUAAUCAGUUUCAAUUUCAAUUUGAAAUCCUUGAAAAAAAAAGUAUUUAUCAUUUAUGAUAUUUAUGUAUGACGAUAAUUAAUUGUUGUAGGAGAUACUUUAUCACUAAAUUGUGACUUAAUUCCAGUUACAAUGUAAAUAAAAUUAUUACAAUCAAAAAACAAUAUGAUCAAACA